GGAAAGACAGGUGUGAAUGGUGUAUACAUUGAUCGUUAAUACGUGUUAUCUACUUUCAUUAGGUUUGCUACAGUAACUCGUGGCUAAUCUGUUUCCAGCGCCUCGUUCUGCUGCUAUAGCAACGGUGAAAACACCACUAUGCGCGAGACAUCACGCUGAUAUUGUAAAGGUUUUUUUUUUUGUUAACACAUUCCCGAGGAUGUGAGACAGGGACUACGUGGCAUCUCUGAGACAGACAUGUGACCCAUUAGAUACCUGCUUGAAAGGCAUCUGUCUCCCUGUUCCCACGCACUUCAUAGGCAUGGGCUCUCCUGUAGCAGAUGCAGAGAUCCAGGACUCUUUUCAAUACCAACCCACUGCAGAGGAAGAAGGAGAGGGCUGGGGCAGUGAAAGUCAUGUUGAGAGCUUUACCUCAAAUCUUACAGGAAGCAAAAAGAAGAAGAAAAGAAAGAAGAGAUUGUGGAUCAAUCUCACUAACUGUAAAUACGAAAGUGUACGCCGUGCUGCCCGCAAAUAUGGUCUGAGAGAGGCUGGAGAAGGAGAAGACUGGACCUUAUUUUGGACAGAUUUUUCAGUGUCUUUGGAUAGAGUAAUGGAAAUGAAGCGAUAUCAGAAAAUCAACCAUUUUCCCGGAAUGAAUGAGAUAUGUAGAAAAGACCUCCUUGCAAAAAACCUGAACCGUAUGUUGAAGCUCUUUCCAAAAGAUUAUAAAUUUUUUCCCCGUACUUGGUGUCUUCCUGCAGAUUACAGUGAUUUUCAAGCCUACACAAGAGCCAAAAAACAUAAAACCUUUAUUUGCAAACCGGAGUCAGGUUGCCAAGGUCGUGGUAUCUUUCUCAGCAAGUCCAGCAAAGACAUCCAAUCUGGUGAACACAUGAUUUGCCAAGUGUAUAUAUCCAAGCCAUUUAUAAUUGAUGGAUUCAAGUUUGACUUGCGCAUUUAUGUGUUGGUGACUAGCUGUGAUCCCUUCCGCAUCUUUGUGUAUAAUGAGGGACUGGCUCGUUUCUGUACUAACCUGUAUAUGGAGCCUUCUAAUAGCACCCUGGAUGAUGUUUGCAUGCACCUGACUAACUAUGCCAUCAACAAGCACAGUGAGAAUUUUGUCCAUGAUGAUGACAGGGGAAGCAAACGGAAAAUUUCAGCCUUCAACAAUUAUCUAGAGUCCAUGAGUUAUGACCCACAAAGGGUAUGGGCAGACAUUGAUGAUGUGAUCAUUAAAGCCCUCAUCUCAGCUCAUCCUAUUAUCAAGCACAACUACAACACCUGCUUCCCCAAUCAUACAGCAGGCAAUGCCUGCUUUGAGAUCCUGGGCUUUGAUGUGCUGCUGGACCACCGGCUCAAGCCCUGGCUGCUGGAGGUCAAUCAUUCUCCUAGCUUUACCACAGACUCUCAUUUGGACCGUGAGGUAAAGGACAGCUUGCUGUAUGACACUCUGGUGCUGAUUAACCUGGGGGCAUGUGAUCGCAAGAAGAUCACAGAAGAAGAGAAGCGUAGAGUGAAAGAGCGUCUACAACAGAAUCGUUCUCGGGAGGCGAGGAAUGAGGAACUUCGCCAGGCCCAGGCUGCAACUAUGGAGCAGAUGCAGAAAUAUGAAGCUAAUCACCUUGGUGGAUUCCGUCCAAUCUAUCCCACAAAGGGAGGAGAUAAAUAUGAGAAAUAUUUUAAACACAGCAGUUCUCUGUUCCAGGAGACUGCUGCCUCUAAAGCAAGAGAAGAGUGUUCUAGACAGCAGUUGCAGGAACUGCGUCUGAAGCAGGAACAGAAAGAAGGAAAGCAUAAAGGCAAUCACAAGGAUCUUCAAGGAGAAUCUGCAGGAGAAAGACCCAAACCACUCCACAAAGUGCAAACUCACCACAUACACUCCAAAACAAGCUCUAAAGAAGAUCCUGUGGCCAUGUCUCCACUUUCAACAUCAGUACGAAUGCCUUCCUUGUUUCUGGAAGUUUCAAAAGAAGAGGAAGCAGAGGAGGUGGAACGAGUCAAUGCACUUCUCCAACGAAAACAUUUACUGCGUGAUAUGGGUGUGGUUGAUCAGGUUUAUCAGUUGAUACAUGGUGCUCAGUCACAGCCUGAUCCCACCAAAACCCCACAUAAACAAGGGAGCAGCACACAUGACAACACCAACAAGUUGGCUUCUCUGACAGAGCUUUGGAGGCAUAAAUUACCCUGUACUGGGAGACAGUGGAGAGGUCCUCCAGGAGACAAGCCUUGCCUGCAGUAUUUGCACUCUACCCUCAUGCAACAUUGCACACCAUUGUGGGACCUUCCACGGGCAGUACAAAGCAAGCCAACCAGUUUCCUGCAUAUAAACCUGGAAACAACAACAGCAUCAGAUGUUGUGUGGCAAGCACUUCCAGAUCACAAGAGGGUUACUAGUGCUCAUCGGGUACCAUGGACAAUUACUAGCCCUCUUGUCAGGCAUGGGAGAACAUGUAUUAGAUCAUGUUUUUUGGAGUCAAGGAAACAAGCUUCAAUUGUGAAAAUGCAACAGCUGGUUUCAAGGCACCUGUGUUGUGCUUCCAUGUCCUCUGACCGUACAGCCCUGCAGAAUCUGGUCAUUGUCUCCACUUCAGCCCCCCUUGUCCCACGUCCAGGCCACUCUUACACUCUCCACAAAGGCCGCUGCAAAAACUCCCAACAAGAACACAGCCACUGAUGUGGGAGUCCCUGCUGCUCGACAGCCAGGCCUAGGGUUCUCACUGUGCAGUAUUUUAAUUCCCAGUCAAUCACUAUGAAAUCAAAUUAUUUUUCAGUAUAUUGUUCAGGUAUAAAUGCAGUGUCUUAUGUACUUGUUUUUAAAAUACAAGUUUGACCAUUGUAAAUGAACAAUGUAUUUUUAUCUUUUAAUUAUUUUUUGGCUUAAAAUAUUACAUUAACUUAAUAAAAUGUGAAUCAAUUAUAGGUGAGCCAUCAUAUAUUUUAAAGCAAAGAAAAUAUCUGAAUAAGAGUUAUUUGCUUGCUUGGAACUGUGGAGCAAUACUUCCCUUUUGGAUCUUUGUAUUAGAAAAUUAUAUUAUGGUUAUUGUGGCAGCAGAUUAGAAAUGUAAGAAUAUGGGCCCAAAUUGCUUUAUUGAACAGUUUGCGCAAAAUAAGAAAACCAUUAUACACAAAAUAUAAAAUAUAUAAAAUAUUUGUUUAUAAAACAAGACAGCGCAACCCAAGUAUUUAGUUCUAUAAAAUAGGUAAAUAAAGAUGCAUGUACAUAUUAUCAUAUAGAUUUACUGACAAUGAUUGUGAUUAACCUUUCAGUUAAUGAAAUAAAAUGAAGGUACUGCAAGUCUUCAGUUCUUAUUUUUUAUUUACUCAAUAAAGCAAUUUCUAUUUAGUAACCUAUUUAUUUCAUUUC